UUGUCCAUUACACGCAUUCAUCCAUGAUCCAAUUCUAAUCUCUUCCCCCAUAAACAAAGCUGAAUAUGAGUUUUUCACACUUGAAUUUCCAUGUCUCUCAGGCUUAUUCUCACUUCUUAAGUUUCUUUAUCUGAGAGUUGGUUUCCAGUCUUUACAAUAAUAAUAAAAAAAAAUUAUCAGUCUUUGGUUGUGAGUUUCUCCUCUAAUGGCUCUUCCAUUACUUAAUGGAGCUGAAAAGCUCAAAUCCAUUUGCGGGUUAGGCUAUGGAGGAAUAAACUUCCACCAUAGAUGCUUCGUUGAGAAGGGUUCUUCCUCUCACGGCAGAAAUCACCUGACCAAAAGUUCAAUGCCCAGAUGCAGUUUAUCGUCGUCAAGGCCUGCUUCUCAGCCUAGGUUCAUUCAACACAAGAAAGAAGCCUUCUGGUUCUACAGGUUCUUAUCGAUAGUGUAUGAUCAUAUCAUAAACCCUGGCCACUGGACUGAGGAUAUGCGGGACGACGCACUUGAGCCAGCUGAACUAAACAACAGGAAUUUGACUGUCGUAGAUGUUGGUGGAGGAACCGGGUUUGCGACACUGGGGAUAGUUAAGCAUGUUGAUGCCAAAAAUGUAACAAUUCUUGACCAGUCUCCUCACCAACUUGCCAAGGCUAAGCAGAAGGAACCCUUGAAAGAAUGCAAGAUAAUUGAAGGUGACGCCGAGGACCUUCCCUUUCCAACUGAUUAUGCUGAUAGAUAUGUUUCAGCUGGAAGUAUUGAGUACUGGCCUGAUCCACAGCGUGGGAUCAAAGAAGCAUACAGGGUGUUGAAGAUAGGAGGGAAAGCUUGUAUCAUAGGUCCUGUGUACCCAACCUUCUGGCUGUCUUGUUUUUUCGCAGACGUAUGGAUGCUCUUCCCUAAGGAGGAGGAGUACAUUGAGUGGUUUAAAAAAGCUGGUUUCAUUAAUGUUAAAUUGAAAAGGAUUGGUCCAAAAUGGUACCGUGGCGUUCGUCGUCAUGGCUUGAUUAUGGGUUGCUCUGUGACUGGUGUCAAGCCCUAUUCUGGGGACUCGCCUCUUCAGCUUUGUUCAAAAGCAGAGGAUGUGAAGAAGCCAGUGAAUCCAUUAACUUUCCUACUGCGAUUCCUUCUCGGUGUAACUGCAGCAACUUAUUAUCUGCUGGUUCCAAUUUACAUGUGGAUCAAAGAUAAAAUUGUGCCAAGAGGAAUGCCUAUCUGAAAUGGGAUGGAAAUGGAAGAUGGUUGAUACUUCCGCUAUAUUCAGGUGACUGCUUGGGGGUAGUUUUUUCUUGGGUUAAUCUGUUUAUAACAUGUUAAUAUGUUAUUAGGCUUUACUAAAUGUUUAGAUUUUUAUGGGACCUAUAGAAAUGGGUAACUUUUUUUUUUUGCAAGAAUAGAAAUGGGUAACUUGGUUUAGUUUUCUUGUACAGCAUAUGUUCCAUUAAGGCAAAGAUAAAUUGCCCUGCCAUUUAGUUUUAGUCCCAUUUCACCUAUAAAUAGUUUGCUUCAAAUGCUUUCUAUUAUGACACUUACUACUGUCUUUUGAUAAUAAUAUUUUACUCUUCAUAAUAAGACAGUUAAGCCUAUUGUGAUUGGCAA